GGCGGAUGUUGAUUGGUCGGCGUGAGGCGUGUGCGCGAGAGAAGCUCCGCUGCGGGGCCGCCGCUGCUGCUGCUGUCUGGGGCCGAUAUGCAGAGGCGGGCCGGGAGAGAGAGGAACAAGAAACAAGGAGAAUGUUGGAAUCCGAGUCGGCUUUUAUAAGUUAAUAAUAUCAAAGGUGGAAUCCUAAACCCGCGGUUUAUUUUCGACGGUUCGUCCGACGUGUUAUAAAAGCAGGAAAAGGGCUGUUUAUAUGUGAUUGUGCGGCGAAUGCCCGCAGGCGUCUAACGCUAGUCAUGUAGGGCUCCAUUCACACGGACGCUAAACAUGGACGCGACUUCACAUGAUACUUGUGACAUGUAUCGUCUCUGUGGUUUACUAACACUUAACUGAACCGAUUUUGAUGGAUAUUGAGUGCAGAUGGAGGGUCGUUGUGGAUUUAGCUAGUCGAAGCACAAUAUUCACCCAGAGAAAACGCUCUCUUCCUCCGUUCAGUCUGUGACUUUGAUUGCUACAUCCCGAUACAAGUGUUGCAUUGAUCGUAGAACCUGUUUGGGAAACGGCGUUGGGGUGUUUUUAUGGCCGGUUGUGUGCAGAUAAAGUUAGCUGUAGCUUGAGCUCGGAUCAGACCAAAUGAAGGAGUAUAAGGUAGUUGUGCUCGGCAGCGGCGGCGUGGGCAAGUCCGCACUCACGGUCCAGUUUGUGACCGGGACAUUCAUAGAGAAAUAUGACCCAACCAUCGAAGACUUCUACAGGAAGGAGAUCGAGGUGGAUUCGUCCCCCUCGGUGCUGGAGAUCCUGGACACUGCUGGUACCGAGCAGUUUGCUUCUAUGAGAGAUCUGUAUAUUAAAAAUGGGCAAGGCUUCAUUUUGGUGUACAGCCUCGUCAACCAGCAGUCGUUUCAGGACAUCAGACCAAUGCGAGACCAGAUCGUUCGCGUGAAACGCUUCGAGAAGGUGCCUCUCAUCUUGGUCGGUAAUAAGGUGGACCUGGAGUCCGAACGGGAGGUUGCCGGCUCCGAUGGCCGUGCCCUUGCGCAAGAAUGGGGUUGCCCGUUCAUAGAGACCUCUGCCAAAAGCAAGAGCAUGGUGGAUGAGCUGUUCGCUGAGAUCGUAAGGCAGAUGAACUACACCACAUUGCCCGAGAAGCAGGAGCAGUGCUGCACUGCUUGUGUUGUGCAGUGAGCUUCCUGGCCUUACGUUUACUACAGGCACCAAAUCCCACCGGAAUCUGUUAAACCAGUCAAUGCAUUGAUGAUCUUAUGACCCUAUGAGCCACACCUGUGCCACUGAGCCCCUUGAACUCUGAUACAUAAAGACAUUUGGCAAGGCUUGACCCAGAAGUAAAUCAAUGCAGAGUCUCUCCAAAUCCACAGGGGAUUUAUAAUAUUUUCAAGUUGUCUUUUGGUUACCUGGAAACAAGUCAAGUCUGCAAAUUGGAGCACAGAAAACGUUUGGGAAUGGGGACAUCUGUGACAGGGCUAUUAAUAGCUAUUUUUCUUAUAUAGGGAAAGGGUUUUGACGCUCAGGGCUGUCGUAGCCCUGAAGAAGCUCCGUUGUAAACUUCCCUGUUUUUCUUUUAACAUAUUAAGUUUGAUAUCUAACUAUAAAGCUGUUACAGCCAUUAUGCAGGUUUGAGACCUCAAUAAUGUUUCUUUGGUUUCUGUAUUUUUUUUAAACGACUGGUAUAUAUGCUUUCUCUCCUAAUACCCUAUUUAUUAAAGUCUUUAAUUACCAUGAUAGAGUAAUAUUGCGUUUUUAUAUUCCGUUGGCUGUUUUGGCUUUUUGUGACUGCAGUAUGCAUUGUUUCUGAUGUACAGCAUUGAUGAUGCCUUAAAUAAUUACAGUCUGAAACCUG